UACAUGCGUCGGUGCGUCAGUGUUGCUGGAUGCAUUAUAAAUGUUUAGUGUCCAGGUGUGGAGUUGAGCGUUUGUUGUUGGUGGGUGUAAAGAAACUACUGACUGAAGUCCACAAGAAGAUGAUGUUGGAGGAAGAGGAGGACAGUCCAGAGUCUGCAGGAUCCAGCCGUCCGUCUGUGACCAGUGACCGGUCCAAAGGUCACAAUCCAAACUUCAGUGAUGAAACUGGACCAUCGAGAGGUCAGAGGUCCCCGUCUGGAGGAUCCAGCCGUCUGUCUGUGACCAGUGACCGGUCCAAAGGUCACAAUCCAAACUUCAGUGAUGAACCUGGACCAAUGAGAGUGGACCAGGAGAGCUCAGAGCUUCCCAGUGGUCAGUCUGCCCAGCAGCAUCAAACACACCUGGACUCCAUAUUUAUGCUGCUGGAGGACAACAUCAUCACUUUUGUGAAGAAUGAGCUGAAGAAGAUCCAGAAGGUUCUGAGUCCAGAUUACCCCGAAUGCUUAGAGAGUCAGAGAAACAGCAGCAGCGAGGCAUUUGUGAAGAUCACACUGGACUUUCUGAGGAGAAUGAAGCAGGAGGAGUUGGCUGACCAUCUGCAGAGCAGUAAGAGGAUAUCUCUGAAUAUUUAAGCUCUCUCAAGAGAUGAAUAACAUUUGUUCAAAAAAAGUUGUCAUAUGGUAUUUGUAAA